AUGGCGGACAAGAGAGAUCUCCAAACACCCCCCAAGAAGAGAUCCAAGUCCUCCCGACCAUCAUCGGAUCCCAAAUCCUCAUCCCCUUCUCUCCCUCCUACUCCGCUCUCCGCCACUCCCCGCCGAUCCACGCGCCGCCGAGCCUCCCUCCACUUUCCGACGCCGCCACCCAAGAAGAGGAAAACCCCCAAAUCGACGGCGGAGAAGAAGCAGAAGCAGCAGGUGUUUUACAAGAAGGUGGUGUACGACGGCGGCGAGUUCGAGGUAGGAGAUGACGUGUAUGUGAAGAGGAGAGAGGAUGAGGAUGAGGUGGAGGUGCAGGUGGAGGAGCAAUGUAGGGUUUGCUUCAAGUCUGGGAAGGCUGUGAUGAUUGAGUGUGACGAUUGUUUGUGUGGAUUUCAUCUUAAAUGCUUGAAGCCUCCUUUAAAGGAGGUUCCCCCAGGAGAUUGGGUUUGCGGUUUUUGUGAGGCUCGCAGAUUGGGGAAAGAGGUCCAGCUCCCAACACCCCCCAAAGGGAAGAAGCUGGUUAGGACGUUUCGAGAGAAGCUUCUCUCCAGCGACUUGUGGGCUGCCCGCAUUGAAAGUAUCUGGAAAGAGUUGGAUGGUACCUAUUGGUGUCGGGUGCGUUGGUAUGUAAUCCCGGAAGAGACUGAAGCUGGAAGACAACCGCAUAAUCUCCGGAGGGAGAUUUAUCGCACAAAUGAUUCGGCCAACAUUGAGAUGGAAUCGAUUCUUCAACACUGUUUUGUAAUGAACCCUAGAGAAUAUGCCAAAGCCAAUGAAGGGGAUGAUGUCUUUUUAUGCGAAUAUGAAUAUGAUAUUCACUGGUACAGUUUCAAGCGUCUUGCAGAAAUUGAUGGUGAUAAAGAGGAUGAUGAUGCUGAGAGUGAUGAAGAUUGGAAACGUGACAAAGACUCAGACUCUGAUACUGAAGAAGAAGUUGAGUUUGAAGAAGAGAGCACAAAGAAUAUACUAGCUAAACCAUCUCGAGCUCAUGAGUUGGCUGCAAAUUCACAUAAGGGGCGGUUCUAUGGACUUCAAAAAAUUGGAAUGAAGCAAAUCCCUAAGCAUGUUAGAUGCCAUAAGCAGACUGCUCUUGAAAGAGCAAAAUCAACACUGCUGUUGGCAUCAUUGCCCAAGUCUUUACCUUGCAGGGAUAAAGAAAUGUUGGAGAUAAGUGCAUUCAUCAAGGGUGCCAUCUCUGAUGAUAAAUGUCUUGGACGUUGCCUCUAUAUACAUGGUGUUCCGGGAACUGGAAAGACUAUGAGUGUACUAGCAGUAAUGAGGAAUUUGAGGUCUGAAGUUGAUGCUGGAAGUAUAAGACCUUACUGUUUCAUUGAGAUAAAUGGUCUAAAAUUAGCAUCACCUGAGAAUAUCUACAGGGUUAUAUAUGAAGCAUUAAGUGGGCAUCGAGUUGGUUGGAAAAAGGCUCUCCACUUGCUAAAUGAGCGAUUUUCAAAUGGAAAGAAGUUCGGCAAAGACGAUGACAAACCUUGUAUUCUUCUUAUUGAUGAACUUGAUCUUCUUGUUACCAGAAACCAAUCGGUUCUCUACAACAUUCUUGACUGGCCUACUAAGCCAAACUCAAAGUUAGUUGUAAUAGGCAUAGCAAAUACCAUGGAUCUUCCAGAAAAGUUGCUUCCUCGUAUCUCAAGUCGAAUGGGAAUCCAAAGGCUUUGCUUUGGCCCCUAUAAUUAUAGGCAGCUUCAAGAGAUCAUUUCAAGUCGGCUUAGAGGAAUUGAUGCAUUUGAAAAACAAGCUAUAGAGUUCGCUUCAAGAAAGGUAGCAGCUAUUUCUGGAGAUGCUCGUCGUGCAUUGGAGAUAUGCAGGCGUGCAGCUGAAAUCACAGAUUACCGCAUAAAGAAGCUAAUCUCAACUCCCAAGAAUGCUUCUGAAGGAAAAGCACUUGUUGGUAUGGCAGAGGUUGAAGCAGCCAUACAAGAGAUGUUCCAGGCACCUCAUAUCCAGGUGAUGAAAACUUGUUCCAAACUGAGUAAAAUCUAUUUGACGGCUAUGGUAUAUGAACUCUAUAAAACAGGAAUGGGUGAAACUACUUUCGAGAAGUUGGCAAUGACAGUAUAUAAUCUGUGUACAAGCAAUGGAGAAGCAUUUCCAGGACAUGAUAUGCUCUUGAAAGUUGGUUGUAAGCUUGGUGAAUGCAGAAUUAUUCUUUGUGAAUCAGGAGCAAAGCACAGGUUACAGAAAUUACAGCUCAACUUUCCGAGCGAUGAUGUAGCAUUUGCACUGAAGGAAAGCAAGGAAUUACCUUGGUUGGCCAAGUAUCUAUGA